AUUCUCCAUCGAGGACAAUCGGGCACAGCGGAUGUUCAUGGUCACCAUGGAGGACCUGGCCAAGGAGGACGAGGGCACCUACCGCUGUGGGGUGCGAACGGGCAUAGGCCGGUUUGAUGAUCAUGACGAUGUGAACGUGACUGUAUUCCUAGGCUGCUGGGCGGUGAGGGGGCCUGGCACCGUGCGGGGAUUCCCAGGGACAUCCAUCUUGGUGAACUGCACAUACCGGUACAACCAGAAGAAGAUGCCGAAAUUCUGGUGCAAACCGGGAUUAAUUUCUACCUGUGUUAAAGACUUCGUCAUCACCUCGGAGCAGGAGCCCGUGGUGCGGCGGGGCCGAUUCUCCAUCGAGGACAAUCGGGCACAGCGGAUGUUCAUGGUCACCAUGGAGGACCUGGCCAAGGAGGACGAGGGCACCUACCGCUGUGGGGUGCGAACGGGCAUAGGCCAGUUUGAUGAUCGUCACGAUGUGAAGGUGAUCGUGUCCCUAGGCUGCUGGGCGGUGAGGGGGCCCGGCACUGUGCGGGGAUUCUUGGGGAGGUCCAUCUCGGUGAACUGCACGUACUGGUACGACCAGAAGAAGAUGCCGAAAUUCUGGUGCAAACCGGGAAUAUUUUCUACCUGUGGUAAAGACUUGGUCAUCACCUCGGAGCAGGAGCCCGUGGUGCGGCGGGGCCGAUUCUCCAUCGAGGACAAUCAGGCACAGCGGGUGUUCACGGUCACCAUGGAGCGCCUGGCCAAGGAGGACGAGGGCACCUACCGCUGUGGGGUGCGAACGGGCAUAGGCCAGUUUGAUGAUCGUCACGAUGUGAAGGUGAUCGUGUCCCUAGCUCCUUCUUCCCCCUCCCCAUCAUCAUGCUACACCCCGACCACCAAGCACCCCAAUCUCACUAGCUCUGUAACAGUCCCCACACAGACAACUCCCCAGAGGAAAGCUGUGCAACCAAGUUCAAAGCCCCCCCAAAAAGGCUCCAACCCUCCACAUUUGGACGUGGUUGAGCACAUCCUCAUUCCCAUCAUCGUAGUGGUUCUUCUUUUGCUCGCAGUUGCUGCUGGUGUUUUGCUAAUGUUGUCCAGGAAGAGGAAGAAGGCCUUCUCCAGAGCAGCUGUAGAGAUGGACAGGACUCCCAGCGUGUCACAUACAGGAGAGGAUGCUCUGAACUACGCGGCCAUUAACCACCGGGCGGGCACAGCUGAGACCCAGUUGUACAGCAAUGCCGAGGCUUUCCACCGCUUGGCAAACACCGCGCCCAAACAGAGCAAUAAGCAUUCGGAAGAGAGAAAAGAGGUUAUAUAUGCCAGCGUGCGGAAUUCCCUGCUGCAGCAGCAGGAGAUCUAUGUCAAUGUGCCGUCAGCCCCACAGCCCAGAGGAGAGCCCUACAGCACAGCACGGACCGUGUGAGCCAGCGCCCGGCCCCACAGGCUGCUCCUGCUGCCAGCAGCGCCAGUGGGACACGCGGGCUGGCUUUCUGCUCAGGCAGGAGCUGGCUCGACAGCAGAGCUGCUGCUCUUGUAUGCUCGGACAUUUCCUUGGAGCAGCCUCAAAGAGGGUGAGGUUGAGCAGGAGAUGUGGGUGGGAUGAAGAGGAAAUCAUCCCUGUGCAUUUGGAGACCUCACCCAUACAGCAAUGGUGCUGGGAAUAAAAACCUGCCCCUUGCAUUGGGGUAGCUCAUGCCAGAGACUGGCCAGGCAGGGUGUGGAAGAGCCCAGUGGUUGGGGGUUGUGGGUGGGCUGCCUGGCUCCCUGCACCCAGCACCCGCCCUGCUUCCCCCUUUGGCUGUGUUAUUUAUGCAGGCUGAAUCUCCCAAACCCACUGGUCCCCUUGGACUGACUUUUUUUCAUGCUGAUGCCAGGCAGAACUGGCAGCUCCUGGGCAGCAGGACAGCAAGAAAUGUUAUAUCCAAAUGCAUGCGUUAGAUCCAAAUGCCGGGGGGACCUGGGUGGAGGGUGCGGUGCAUUAGGGUCUUGGUGCAAAGGGGACGGCAAAGGUGCUCCUGUUCCUCCUGCAUGGCUGCUGGGAAGUGGCUCCCCAACCCCCCCUG